UUCUAAGACGCCAUUUUUGUUCCGGCGAAGGGGAUUACUUCAAUCCGUCUCCAUCGUCGCUAUAUUGAUAGAUAAAUGACUUGAUUUCUUUUUUUCGAAUCGCUAAUAAAAUAAUCCAAACCAAAAUGUGGAAAAUUCGCGAAUUACAGGACAAAGUGUAAGUGUUUGCCAGAUGGUUUAAUUGGUAUACCUUAAGAGACUAUAUUAGUGACCAUAUUUGAGGAAGAGAGCGAAGUUGAUGUUCUUUUAUUUUUUAUACAGUACGAAUGUGGUCAUGAACUACACUGAAAUUGAAGCCAAAGUAAGGGAAGCCACAAAUGACGAUAGCUGGGGUCCUCACGGAACAGUAAUGGCGGAGAUUGCAAGGUACACUUUUACAUACGAGCACUUUCCAGAGGUCAUGUCUAUGUUAUGGAAAAGAAUGCUGCACGAAAACAAGAAGAACUGGCGGAGAAUAUACAAGGUUUGACUGUGUAAAUCAUUUUGUUCAUCUUUAUUGGUUUGUUUACAUGGUUCACUGUAAAGGAAUUUCUGGCUCUGUUUUAUAGGCUUUGCUGCUUCUCACCUAUCUCGUGAAGAACGGGUCUGAACGGGUGGUAACUAAUACGAGAGACCACAUUUACGAUUUAAGACAGCUGGAAAACUUCAAUCACUCCGACGAAUUUGGGAAAGAUCAAGGAAUUAACAGUAUGUGAAUCAUAGUUUACGAAACCGUUUACGAUUUCUUUCGAAUCAUGAGAGUGAUAUUACUAACGAUACGUAUUGAUGUGUGUGUAUCGGCAAUCGAGAAGUGCACCAAUAUCUACCAGUCGAUGCAUAUUUGUGUACCGUUGAUUGUUAUUGAGGAAGGUCGAAAGUUGGAAAUAAAUAUGUGGUUAUUACUCCCACAACCCAGUUGCUUUCUUCGGGAUGUUUUGGACAAAAUGCAUCGCGCUAGAUUUCUACCGUAUAAUUUCUGCUCGUUAUCGGCACAUUUUGACUGCCAUUCUGGUAGCCUUACAUGGUAGUUAAUUCUGCUAUAUACGUGUGUUUAUUGAUUGUUUGAUAGCAAGGGUGCAUUAUGAUCUUAAGUGUGUCAGCUAGCAAACAUAGUUCCCUUUUUCAGUCUUCUGUCUUAUCAAUUGACGCAAGCUUGCUUUUCCUCCACAAGAAGUCUUAAUUUUUUGGGAACCCACAUUUCCUUAGGGGAUGCAGCUACUGUUUAGAAUGCAGUUCGUUAACUGUAAAACUUUCUAAAAGAACAGAUCAUUGUUUGACUUUAUCCAGUCAAUGAAAAUUUAAGUUUCUUUCAUGCUCUCUCACAAUCUACAGAUUUCACCUUGGCCAGUAAUAGUAUUCGAUCUUUGAGGGUAGCAAGUCCUGAUUCCAUUUCACACACAAAUUAAAGAAAUAAAUAAUGUGUUGUAUUUACUAAAACAGUGUUUCCUGUGUCACAAGUUCAAAAGGGAAAACUUUAAAUCCCUCUUCUUGUGUGUAAAGUUUCAGGGAAAUCUUGAGGUGUUCUCAUGUAUCACAUCUAUUUUAGGAAGCAAAUUAUGUCCACAUUGGUUUAUAAAUUGCAGAAUGAUACCCACCUUUCUGUAAACUUAACAUGUCACAUAUUAAUUUUGGCCUCAUUCAUGUGUAAUCUUAAAACGCUUUGUUACCCUUUUCUAUUUUUUGUUGUAUUGUAACCUUUCUGAGCAAAAAAUUUGAUAAUAGUAAAAAGAAGUAAAAACCUUUUUAAUGACCAGUACAGGCUUUAUUCUAACCCUCACCUGAAUUUAUUUUUCUGCACCAAGUGUUAAUGUAGGAAAACACAGGUAGUGCAUCCAUGAACUGUUUCUUUUAUUAACAAUACAGUUCGACACAAAGUAAAAGACCUUGUUGAGUUGGUCCAAGACGAUGAAAGAUUGAAGCAAGAACGAAAGAGAGCCAAGAAAAACCGCGAUAAGUACAAGGGAGUGUCUAAUGAAGACUAUACAAGAUCAUAUAGUAAGUAAAUCAAGAUUUCUAUACACUGAGUCACUGCCUCCAUUUUAGUUUUUUUGCAGAGCUGUCAAUAAGAACCAGUUGCCAGCCAUAACUGUCAAAUAGUCUGCCAUCUUCAGCUGGCCACUUUCACUUCAUUUUACCAUACUUUUUACUUGCAAACUUGUUAAAAGCACUGUUUUUGGUGUCAAGAACUGAUAGAUCAAGGAAGAACUUCUUUUUAAUGUAACAUGUCAGUAAGUUGGGUGGGUUUAGAGAAAAUGAAAUGUGAUAUCCGAAAAUGAGAAUUGAUCUUUCAUAAUCAACUUGAAUAAAAACAUCAAAUGAUAUGUGACCAGAACAAGUGCUGUCUAAUAAACUGCUAAAAAGUAAACAUCUGCAUAGAGUCAGAAAAUUUGCAUUACCAGAUGUAAAUGUCUUUAAAAAAUCAGGCUGAAAGUAGGUAACAGUUCUUGUUGUACAUAAUAUGCUGUUUCUAAGAACAUCACCAGAAGAUGCGAUUCAACCUCCUUUCCAAGGAAUUUCUCGCUAGAGUUCUUGUAGGUUAUUUUCUUCUUGUGUCUGGUAACUCCCUUUUUUGUGUGCUGAAUGUCACUGAUACACCAGCCUGAUAUUUCAAGAAUCACAUUAAGAUUUACAGCUGUAAUAAUGGGUUUGUUAGCUUCAUGUUAACUCCUAAACUCCCAUCCAAAAACAAGUCACCAAGGCAGAUACAGAGAAGAGAAAAACAUCAAUCAGGAGAUUACAAGUUGGUCUAAUACCAAAUUUUCCAAACUAAUUUUGUAAGAAUUGUAUUGCAGAUGUAAGGAGAACUACUAAUGAGAUCUUGAGAGUAGAAGGGCUUAUGUCGUUAAUUUUCAUGUUACAGGUGAUCGGUAUGAUUCUGAACCUCGGGGUGCAGACCAAUUUGAUGAGUUUAAUGGAAGAACAACACGUAAGAGUAAAAUCAGAGAGUGGAGGGAAAGAGCUGGGUCGUAUGGAGAGUACAAAGACAAAGACAGGUGAGAAGACAAAUUUUGUGCCUGUUUGUUGUUUUAUAAGAAAGAGAUGGUAGAUGUAUGUUUGAAAUAUAAAUUGUUUGUCUCAUCUGACAAAAGCAACAUAAUUAACUAAAGGAGAGACACUGACAGACACACAGACAGGCAAGUAAUUAAUGCUGCUAAGAAUAUAAAAUACAUGGUAAGGAGAGAUUCAUUCACUCUUUUUAAGGGGAUUGUGACAGAAAUUGCAUGAGGCAGCCUGAAAUGUAACACUAUUCCUUUAUUUUAAGGGGUGAAGCAGGUGUUUGUAAUGUGGAUAGUGCCCUGAGGUACAUGGAAAGGUUGAACAAAAUGUGUUCCUAGAUCAAUAUGGUAUUUUAUUGGAUUUUAAAAAACCCCUUUUGGGUUACCAAAAUCCUCAUAGCAGAAGAUUAAAUGGUCCAACAAGUAUGUUGUAACUUGUUUAUUUGAGAAUGGAUGCUCUUAAGUUGUGAUAUUUAUUACAUAUGUUUGCAUGACUGGAGAUAAAGGAUAUACCUGUAGCCAUGAAAUGAUCUUUUUGUAGAUUAGCAUUUUCUCUGUUGUAAAAACUCUCAAAGAUUGCAUUUUGGUGCCAUGUACAGUCCGGUUUUUUCUGUAAUGGUAUAAAUUUCCAGCCUCUACUUUGAAUAAGGUUUUUUUGUUAUUUAACAGAAAGCUGUCUAAAAUUUAACCUCUUUUACUGUUUCUUUCAGUGAAGAAGAGGAAGCAGAGGAGGCAGAGGAAGAAAAAGACAAAGACAGCACAAGCAGUCCAGAUUCUUCCAAAAAUCCAACACCAAAACUACAGUCUAAACCAUCAAGGACUAUAGAUCUUGGGGCUGCAGCAAACUUUGGAAAAUUAGACAUAACAAAUAACAAAUCUGAAAAACCAGUCUCAAGUGUAGCUCAAUCUACAGUAUCUUCUAGCGGUUCAGACUUGGUGGACUUAUUCUCUGGGCCUGCUGGCGCAACACUCACAUCACAACCCUUUCAGGCUCCUCCUGCCUCAGUCGCGCCAUCAUCAAAUGAUGAUAGUUUCUUUGCAGACUUUGCUUCUGCUCCUGCUGAGGGAGGAACCAUUGAAGGAGUGGAAAAUGUGAAUUUCAGCAAUGGUAAGAACAGGGUUCUUUCUUUGAGUGCCUGAAGAAUAAAAAAUACAGUACAGAACUGUAAUAGCCGUUAUCCAAUUUUAUGUUUAUAAAUUGCUACUUUGCUAUUUGUUUCUUGCCAAAUUUUUUUCAUUUUAUUUCAAGGUGUUGAAUUUAAAUUGCAAGAGUGGCAUAAGACGUCGUUUUUGCAUUUCAUAAUCAAAAUGUGGGAAAGGAAGUUUGAAAAUAGUGAUCAAUUGGGUUCCUUUUGGCAGGUACUCUGCAAGAGGAUGACUUCGGUGACUUUGCAGCUUUCCGCACUGGAAGUCCUCCCCAGAACAAUUUGUCUGAUGAUGCAUUUUUUUCUGGUUUUGAGAGUAAUACCACACCUCAGUCUAAUCAGGUGAAGUUGAGAAUCUUAUCUUUCUUUUUUUUUUCCUUUUUGCUCCUCCAAUAAGCCUACAUUGUACAUGUGGGCCACCCAAAGUAUUUGUAAAUUUUUUGCAAUCCUAGGAUUUGAGGUCUGUCUAAUUCCUUUGUAAUCGCAUUUCCACUCUUCAGAGGCACUUCCUUACUCUUUUUCCUUCACAAGGAGGCUUUAUAGAUUCCUUUAUGUCGUAAUUCUCAUGUAGUAUGGCUAUAUCAUUUUCCAUUCUUACUUCACAUUUAAAGUUAAAGUCAAGAGUACCAUUUAUGUAUCUGUUUUAAGAUUCUACAUGUGGAUAUGGUAAUGAAUGUUUGGUGUGUUACCUUUGGAACAGUGAGUGAGGCAAAAGUGAUUGGUUUAAUCACCAACAAUGUACUGCCAACUUCCUUGUCCAAAGGAUAAGGAAGGAAUUGUCACCACCUUACAUGCUGAUCGUAAAGUUUUUUAAUUAUGUUUCAAGUACCCUUCCAAAGAAAACCAGGGUGGCUAAAUUUUCUAAUGUUUUUAACAUAGUGUUUUAUAAAUGCUUGUCUUACCUGGUCAAAUAAAUUCUUUAAAGCUUGCAAUCAAACAUCUUUAUUCUUCAACUUUGAAAUGGAAUAAAAUGAAUGUAACAGAACUUUUUUGUAAAGAUGUUUUAAAAGUUUACAUUAAGAAUGCAUACCUUAGGCUUAGCUACAAAGAGAGGAACAAAAUCAGCUAUUGAACACCAACCAUGUAACCUUUACUAACAAAUAAAAAGCUGCAUUUGCUGUUUAACACCAAAAACUCAAUUUGAAGCCUUUUCAUUCUGAAUGGAUCUAAUUGGCUAACAAGAGGGAAAUUGCUUUUCAUUUUAAUCUGCAGUGGGUUCCUUACAGAGGUAGCCACCUACUUCAAACAUUUUUGAAAGCACUGCUUAACACAAUAAUUCAUUGUUGACAUACAUCAUAGCAUGAAAAUUUGAGAAUGUGUUGGUGUGGAAAUUUGAUACACACAGGAUACUGUCAUGUGUUGGUUUUGUCGACUGCUUGUUGAAAGUGUUUAGUAUUAUACAAUUUUACUGAGGUAACCACCUACUUCAAAUAUUAUUGAAAACACAGCUCAACGCAAUAAUUUAUUGUUGACUUGCAUCUCAAAAUGUUGAUCAGACCACAUUGACUAAAAUGUAAUGUUUUUAGUCACAAGUGGUUUUCAACUGUCCCCUUCCAAAAGGCAAUUAAAACAAUUGUUAUUAUUUUAAUUUAUUAUUUAUUUAAAUUAUUAUUUUCACAGAUUACAGUGAGCCAGGUAGUUCCUCAAAAUGCAAGUCAGUUUUUCCCUGCUCCCCAAUCUCAGUCAGUGGUGAAUCCACCUCUUCAACCACAAAGCACUAUGCUUUCUGGGCUACAUCCUCAACUAGGCCCUCAACCUGGGUUGCAGCCUCAGUCAGGGCUACUAUCUCAACCCUCACUACAGCUGCAACCUGGGCUACAGCCACAACCUGGGCUACAGCCCCAAACUUCGCUACAGCCUCAACCUGUUCAGUCUGCAGUAAUGAAUAGUCAAUUUGUUUCUGGAGUAAUGCAGGGCCAGAUACCAAACUCUCAGCUGUUUGUCCAACCGCAACCAAAUCAACAACCAAUGCAUAUAAAACCACAGACUAUGACCCCUUCAAAGCCAUUAGUAGCCAGUGGAAAGUCAUCUUCAGGUGUGUUGGCAGAGGGUACUCCUUUGCAUCAGGUAAGCUAUUGGUAAUAUCUACAUGCAUAUAACUUACCCUAGACCUCUAGAGAUUUGUUUCAUGAUUUUCUUUUGUUUUCAAGAUGUAGAUUAUCCAUUGGUGUUAAUGGUAAUCUGCCAGUUUUUUUUUUCUACCUUAUGUAUAAAAUCAGCCAAUGCAGGUAAUCUGUCAUGCAGGUAGACAUCUGGAAAUAAUAGUAUUAGUGGAGGUUUAGAGGACACAUGGGUACUAAUUAUGAUGUUAAACCAGUGUGCACUUCAGAUGAAUGUGCUAUGGGCAAUUUUAGAUAUAUCUUUUUGGUUACAGAUUCAACACUAGAUCAAAUACUAAUAUGUAUUUUUGCAGAGUAUGAAAUUUGAUGAUGUUUUGUUUGUAUUAUUUACAGAAGUCAGUUAAAUCAACAACAUGGUCAAACAGUCCAGUUGACAUUAGUCUAGACAAUUUAAGCCCCAUGAGCCACAAGGACAAACCAGUUCAACCAAGCAUGAAUGAGUUGUAUUCAAACCAGCAGCAAGUUCCAUCAGCAACAAUGGGCUUCUAUAACAUGCCACAGCAGGGUAUGUACCCCAUGGGGAUGCCACCAAUGAACACAAAUUACCCUGUCAUGGGCAUGGCAGCACCACAAAUAAACACGAUGGGUCCAAACAUGAGUCAGAUGGCAGUCUCAUCUAAUGUGCCCAUGAUGCCCAUGACAAACAGAGCAAUGGGAAUGAUGCAGCCAAGACCAAUGGGACAAAUGCAGAACUUUGGUACUAGUGGUUAUUCAACUUACAAGGGCAUCAGUUGAUGUUUAUGGCAUUGGACAAAGUGCUUUACUGCUUAAGUCAUGCAUACAAAGAAGGUUCUACAGUUGGACUAAAAUUCCCAUCGAGAGAGAAAUAAUUCAUUGAAUAAUACAAAAUUAAAAUUUAAUCAAAUUAAAUUCAACAUUGGCUGGGCCAAAUUGAGAAGAGGUGAGAACUUGUGAAGUAGGAUGGAAGGAGACCAAGAUAGAUUCACCUUAUUACUUGAAGUUUUUGCAACACUUUGUUUUCAUGAUUAUCAGAAUAACUUGCAUUGAAAAAUUACAGUGAUCUGAAACUGGGUGUUGUCAUGGAAUAUCGCCAAAAAUUUGUGACCAUCAUGACUCCAGGUAUUUAAGAAAUAACCAAGUAAUAGGUUACAUGGAUAACAUGACUUAAAGCAAAAAGUAUAGUUGUUUUUGGUACUGUAAUAAUGGAAUUAUGUACCAUUUAAAAGUAUCAUAAGCAUUAAUAUUUCUUGUUAUUGCUGUUUAAAUGAUAAACUAUUAUUUUAGAACAAAACCGCAAAAUGCCCUCUGAAAUGAGAGAAAUGUACUUCUAGACAAAGCUACAAGAUUGAAGGGUAAUGAAUACAGUGUAAGAGACUUAAGGAUUCUUGCGCAUGCACUCACACACACACAUACACAACACUCUUGAAAAGUUCUCUUAAUAAGGUGGUAGAUGCUAAACAGCCAUGUAGAUAGACUUGUAAUUGUAAAAGAACCCACUUGAAGGAUCUUAGUUUUGGGUGAUUUUUGUUAAUUUGGGAGAGAAAUUCCACAUUUGUAUCAUGUUGAACCAAUCAUAUAUUUUAUCAAUCCUCUACAUAGAUGUGGGCUUGAAAGGCCACUCAUUUUAUUGUUAUAUAUUAGAUAAUUACCUAGGACAUGUCAAGGCUUAGGUUCAGUGAAAUGCUCAUAACUGUGGUAUCAAGACAGGUUAUGAAUUACAAAGGAUUAGAUCAUUAAAAAAAACCAGUUUGAUACUAGCAAAACAGCAACAGAGGGGGGCAGUAUAUGAUGUAGAAUUGUUACUCCUUUUAAGUCAACUAUCUUUGCUGCACAAUAUACAUAGCAGUUUUCAUUUAAGUGUCUACCUCAGAUGAUUUUUUUUGUUUUGUUGUGUGGGUUUCUUUACAAACUGUAUUAAAGUAACAAUUUGUUUCUCACACAAGCGAGUCUACAAAGCCAUAUUGGUAUCCAGUACAUAUAAUGCCAACAACAUUCUUUUGAUAAUUUCUGGUUUCUAUCAGAACUUGAUUCACAUUAUACAAGUACCCAGCCUAUUUAUCCUUGCCAAAACUAAGUAUGUUACCACGGUAAUUCAAAAUGCAAUCUUAAAAGGGGCUAGAGUCAAUAAAGAAAAACAUUUGCUUUCCUAGGAAUGAUUAGGUUAGAAGGACUUUGAUGUACAUGUAACAAAUUGUUCACUUUUAGUUCUUAUCUUCCACUUUACAAGUGAAUGUUCUUAAUUAUCUUUAACUUUGCCACUCAAAGAAUCAAGCUAGAGUGAUUUUUGGUGAUGGAAAGUAUUGCAUGCACAGUUAAAAUUUAUUAGAGAGAAAAAAGAUUGUCAAGCUGAGGUUUGAAGUUUGUGGAUGUAAUCUGUAAUUUUACUAUCUCCAGAUUUGUUCAUCCUUGCACUUUUAAAGUUGUGUGCAAUUAUUGUUUUUCUGAUUUGUAAGGCAUGGUAGAGUUAUGUUAUAGUUUCCUCCAUGACCUUCUAGGGCAACUGUCUCCUAACUGUACCAUUCUAAAGAGCAGUGCUGAAGAGAUAUUAAAUUUCAAUUUUCAUAGGUUUUCAAAGAUCCUGUUAGGGAUCAGGACAUGCAGUUUUUAUUUUUGAAUAAAGAACACUUGGUGGAAUAUUGAAUUGAUGUAAUAAAGUGCCAAGGGAGGAACAUAAUGUUAUCAUGAAGGCUUCCUUACUGGGCAUUUACAUUAAUUAGGCUAAAAUAGAUAUGCAUAAAAAAUAUUUUAAGUUUCUUUUUGAAAGGGGUUUGUCAUGCUAACCAAAAUUCAAACAUUUAAUUUUACUGUGGAGAUAAGAUCAUUUUCUAAUGUAUUACUAAUUGAAGUUGUUACUUACUGAGGAAGUGCAAACAACCUUACAGCAGAGCUAUUCUUCCCUGAGACAAGUUUUCUUUAGACAAUAUUAUGUCCUCUCUUGAGCAUGUGUUACAGUGCUGUUUAUUUUUUUAAAAAAAAGUGUAAAUGGUUGUUUUAGUUCUCUUUUGAUUCUGAAAAACCAACCACAAUUCAGGAUAACAUCCUUCAUGGCUCAAACCAAUUUGAAUUCAGAUCAUUAUCUGCUGUUUCUCUUUAGAGAUAUCUUAAAAUGUCACCCUUGACUAACGAGUAAUUGCUUAAAUCAGCAUUAUAACAGUUAUAUUAAAUAUAUCCUGUGACUUAUACUUUCACUCAUUUUGACAGAUUUUGUAUUACAAAAUGUAAAUAGAACAAAAAAACCACUUUGUAUGAUAAACUAGGUGCUGCUUUCAUGAAAGGGUGAUCUUGCUGAAACACUCUUAACCUAGCCCCAAAAUUUUCUCUAUUUUUAUGUUACAGAUCCCAAGGUUUGAUGGAGGUGGAAUAAAACUAUUUGUUACCUU